UUUAAAAGUUAAAUAUCAAAAUUGUUAUAGUGGGUAUUUUUGUGGUAAUGAUGAUGGAGUGAAUUUGGAAGGGUUUUGUUGUGAUUUUUGAGAAAUGAACGAAGAAAACGGUAAUAUUAUUGGAUUGAAGGAUAAAUUGAAUGUGCCUGGACAAGGAAAUACGGGAAGUGGCGACAGUGCAGAAGACUUGAGCGAGUACACAGACGCCGACGAAUCGAUGUCUGCCCCAACAGAAAUUCUGGCAGAGUUCCUCUCGGCCUUGAUGCUCAAAGACUAUCCGAUGGCUCUCAAACACUGCAAAGUCAUUCUGCAAUACGAACCGAAAAACGCCACGGCCAUGGAAUUCUAUCCUCUGAUCAUGAAGAAAUUGACCACGGAUUCUGAUGAUAACAAUUCUGAUAGUGAUGAUAAUUCUAAUCAUGCCGAAUCGGAGAACUCUGCUGGGACUUUGUCUGAUAAUUCUGAGGAGUCGGAAGGAUCGUAUUCUUAUACUUCGUCGGAUGGACCUGAUGCCUCACCGCAGAUGGACUAUCAAGGAAAUUCUGCGAUUUCCACAAGCGCCGACACAACCCACAGUUGCUCCAGUCUGGAGGACGAAGAGGCGGAAUUUUUAUCAAAAUCGGCUCAGAGGUGUUUAGAUUUGGGAAAUGGAAAUCAUCAUACAAAUUUCACUUCGGAUUCGGAAAGCCCUUCUGAACCUUUGUCACAACAGACUGUCACCUUUUUGAGGGCGAAAGCUUUGGGCUCUUGUUCUAAUAAGACCUAA